AUGAACCGGGAUGCAGCAGUUUUAGGACCGGCCCCCGUGCCAAAACAAUUUGUCCUGUGUUUCGAUGGCACUGGAAACAAAUUUGCCGGGGAUAAGUCGGACAGUAAUGUUCUGAAGAUUUUUCGAAUGCUUGAUCGCAGCGAAAGUCAUCAAUUUCAUUAUUACCAGCCAGGGAUUGGAACUUAUGUAACGUCCAAGUCCCUUUCCAGUUCCGGCCGAUUCCACCGGAUCAGGUCCGCAUAUCUGAAAGCAAAGGACUCCGCUGUCGGAUCCUCCUUUGCUGAUCAUGUCAUGGGCGGAUACAAGUUCCUCAUGCGUUAUUAUAACCCUGGGGAUGAGAUUUCCUUCAUAGGCUUCAGUCGAGGUGCCUAUAUUGCUCGCUUCCUUGCGGAAAUGCUGGAUUCCAUCGGCUUGCUCGAGGCUGGCAAUGAGGAACUCGUCCGAUUUGCGUGGAAGACCUUUGCCAAGUGGCAGAUGAGGCGUGAUACCCAUAAAGAUACCGAUAAAACGAAUAAACUGUUCAAUUACAUGGUGGCCUUCCGUGAGACGUUCUGUCGACCAAUUACCCCCAGAAUUAAGUUCAUGGGACUGUUUGAUACUGUCAAUAGUGUGCCUGCAUUUGAGUCCGCGUGGAUGCAAAGAAGCAAGUUCCCCUAUACGGCCCGCAGUUCAGCCAAGGUCAUUCGACAUGCAGUGGGGAUCGAUGAGCGGCGUGCCAAGUUUAGGCAGGACCUAAUCUCCGAGAUCAAACCGUGCUGUGAGGAAAAAAAGUCCACCUACUGGAAAGACCAUUGGCCUCGGUUUCACCGUUCACCAAAAAAGUCCUCCGCCCCAAAAAAGUCCCCUGGUCUCCCCCAAAUCGUCCUCAACGGAGGUAAUAACGAGGAUAGCCCCUUCCAGCAGAGGCCCGGGGAGACUGAAUCUGUACACCACAGUGUGCGAAGCUCAAACCAGAGUGUAUACAGCACAAGCCAUCGAUAUCGUGCACGACGACGACGCUCCCAAAGAAAGCUCAGCCUGGCUGUCCCAAUGGCAGCUGCAUCCACAGAGGAUGUAGCAUCUAUCAAGAGUGAGUACUCGGGCCUCUCGCUUCAAGUACCACAAGAACGUAUUGGGGGAGAGGAUUACGACGAGGAUGAGGAUAGCCCCCAGGACAUUCAGGAGGUAUGGUUUCCCGGAGGUCACGCAGAUAUCGGCGGAGGAUGGCAACAGGAGGAGGACGCAUGGCCACUCAGUCACGCACCGUUGGUUUGGAUGGUUCAGGAGGCCCGGCGCGCUGGGCUCCAAUUCGAUCCUUCGAAGAUGGAGCACUUUGAAUGUCUAGAGGAAUAUGAUGAGGAUUACUCGCCUAUUCGUGAAAACAUCCACUGGAACCCGGAUAUCAGUGUGGGUCAAGAUGGCCAUCCGUUAAUGCCAAUUCCAAGUCAGCAACUGGCAACUCAAGUCGCCGCCGUUUAUGGGGAGGGGAUUCAGAUGGAAUCAGCAAUCGGAUCUAGCUCCACAUUUUUGAAGGCUCUCCAGGAAUCCUGUACGGCCCCAAUACAUGACUGUCUGGAAUUCGGCAGUGGCAUAUCACAUGCAUCGGUUCUCACAUGGCGAAUGAUGGAGUACCUCCCAUUCCGUCGAAUGGAUCUGCAGAAAAAUGGGUCAUGGAAACCGAUCCGGUGGCCGCUCCCGUGCGGAGAGGUUCGUGACAUUCCAGACGAUGCUCAAAUCCAUGUAUCUGCAAUUCGUCGACUGCUUAAGGAUGAGAACUACCGCCCUGGUAACCUGAUCGUUGGAGGGGGUGGCCGUGGUAUUCGACGAGCCCCUCCAGAUAAGAAAAUUGGACAAUGGGCACUUAAAGGCCAUAAAGGCGAUAUUGUACGAGAAGUGUAUGUGGCAGUGCGGCCAGAGAAAAAGGAGCCUAAGGCUUCGACUGUUUGCAGGGAUGAGGAGCAUAAGCAUCAGUGA